AUGUCCAGCGCGACCUCCACCUCAGGCUCCCUCGUCGGCUUCACCCACACCAUCACCCUCACCAACUCCGCCGUCUCCCCCUCCAGCACCAGCUACAACACCGCCGCCUUCCUCACCCAAUCCGACACCACAGUCACCGCCUUCCAAGUCCCCGGCGGAGGAACCACCGGUCUCUUCGUCGUCGACGGCACCACGCUCACCUUCCAACAGCAAGACGGCAUCACGCUGUCCGAUGGGCACGUGAUAAGCGCGGGAUCCAACGGACUAGAGGGUGCGGGUACGACGGCCGAGUGGAGACCGAUCGGUGGAUCGCCCUCGUCCUCGGACGAGUCAGGAGGAAGCUUCACGAUCGAGACUAUCAACCCCUCCCUCUCGGGCACAGUGGACUCCUUGACCGCCAAUCCUGAGACCCGCACGACUUUAACCUCCCCUUCCCCCUCAUCAGGAGGAAUCUUUACGAUCGAAACCAUCAACCCCUCUCUCUCAGGCACCAUCGACUCUCUGACCGCCAACCCUGAGACCCGCACUUCCAGCGCAGCAAGCAGCAGUGGGAGCGGGAGUGGGAAUGGGAGAGGUAGUGCAAGCAGCAGCAGCACCGCCGCCGCCGCCGCCGUCCUCCCCACGCUCGGGGCUGGGAAAGCGAUCGCUUUACUCGGGGCACUGGGAGGCAUGGUUGUGCUUGGACUGUGA